UGUUAGAAUACUCUGUGGUGUUUAAGACAAGUAGUACAUAACCAAAGUUUUUAAAUAAUAUUUAUUAUUUGUAUAUCAGAUGAAAUAGAUAAUGUAUACACAUCUAACUGCCGCAAACAAGACUGUUCGAGAUGGAAUGGAAUUUUGAUGAAACUUUUCAAUGUUACAAGUCAAUUUUUCUUUGCUUUUUACUGUCUGUUACCUACGUCUUCAGUCUUCAUAUAUGGAAAAGUCCUCACAGUAGAGAUCAUCCGUCGACUAUAAAAAAAAGAUUCACUAGUGCUUUCGUCAUGUUAUUUAUAUCCCCAUGUUUUUUAUAUAUGGGUCUUCGAAAAGAAGUUUUAGAAAAACAAACAUUUCCAGAAAUUUUGGGACUAAGAUCUCAGGGAUUAUGUCAGGCAAUUUUUAUGCCCCUUUUCCUAACAAUGAUAUUAUUUUUGGGUCCUAUAUCAAUGGAAUUGUACAGUGGCUUAUCUAAAUUGUAUACUGAAGAAAUGUAUUGGUUUUCAAAUCUAAAAAAUUUAAUAUGGUUAAGAAAUCACAUAGUAGCACCUUUUACUGAAGAAUUUACAUAUAGAAGUUGUAUGCUGCCAAUGUUACUACAGUGUUUUACUCCGUAUUCAGCAGUGUUUACUAGCCCAUUGUUUUUUGGAGUUGCCCAUUUUCAUCAUAUGUUGGAAAGAAUAAACCAUAUGAGUUUUAAUUUGUCUUUGAAAAUAUCCUGUUUUCAGUUUGCAUAUACAACAUUGUUUGGAAUGUAUUCUGCAUAUAUUUUCUAUAGAACUAGACAUUUCAUAUCCAUAUUCAUUGUACAUUCAUUUUGUAAUCAUAUGGGCUUUCCAGAUUUCACUGAAGUUGUUACUUAUAAGGGUAUGAAAAAAAUUACUAUUGUAAGUUUAUUUAUUAUCGGUUUAUGUGCAUGGUGCUUUUUAUUGGAACCCUUGACGGAACCUACUUGGUAUCAUAAUGAAUGGUUAUGAUUAGUAAAACAGUUAGAUAAUUGUGUUAGUUGUUAUGUUUAUAAUAUAAUGUUUAUUUUAUCAUGACAUUAAAAUUGUAUCAACAUA